UACAAAGUCUGAUCUACACCCAGAGAUAAACUCACCUGCUUUCCUGUAAAUGGAGAAGAGAGGCGGAAUUCAAUUCAAGUGUGUAGUCAGUUCAGACUCCAUUUAGAGGAACACUGAAGGCUGAAGCAGGACUGACUGAAGUCAGAAGAUGGAGAAAGAGUCUACAGCAUCCAGCUGUCUGUCUAUGAAGAGUGAUCUGUCCAGAGAUGAACCUCCACUCUUCAGUGAAGAACCUGGACCCUCAGGCACACAGAGAGGCUUCAUCAGUCGACAGGAUAAAUAUGAAUGUCCAACUGUACAGAGACUCAAAGAUGAUGUUGGUCUGCAGGAGGUUUUAGAUGAACAAAAGAUCAGUCUGAGGAGGAGAUGUGAACAUGUGACUGAAGGAACUGAUGUAAGAGGAAGAGGAACCCUCCUCAACAGGAUCUACACUGAGCUCUACAUCACAGAAGGACAGAGUGAAGAGGUUAAUACCCAACAUGAGGUGAAGCAGCUUGAGACAGCUUCCAAGAUGAAGGCCCUCCAUGACAUUCCAAUCAGGUGCCACGACAUCUUUAAAGCCUUACCUGACCAACACAGACACAUCAGACUGGUUCUGACCUACGGCGUCGCUGGCGUUGGAAAAACCUUUUCAGUGCAAAAGUUCACUCUGGACUGGGCAGAGGGUUUGGAAAACCAAGAUGUCAGUGUGGUGAUUGUGCUUUCGUUCAGGGAGCUGAACUUGAUCAAAGAUGAGCAGUACAGUCUUUUCAGGCUGCUCCAUGUUUUCCAUCCAACUUUACAGAAGGUCACAGCAGAGCAGCUGGCUGUCUGGAAACUUUUGUUCAUCUUUGACGGCCUGGAUGAAAGCAGACUUUCAUUGGACUUCAACAACAGUGAGGUUGUGUCUGAUGUCACACAGAAGGCAUCAGUCAACGUGCUGCUGACAAACCUCAUCAAGGGGAACCUGCUUCCCUCGGCUCUGGUCUGGAUCACUUCUAGACCUGCAGCAGCCAAUCAGAUCCCUCCUACAUGUGUUGACAGGAUAACAGAAGUACGAGGCUUCACUGACGCCCAGAAGGAGGAGUACUUCAGGAGGAGGUUCAGACAUAAAAAGCAAUCAAGCAGAAUCAUCUCCCACAUCAAGACCUCCAGGAGCCUCCACAUCCUGUGUGGAGUCCCAGUCUUCUGCUGGAUCACUGCUACAGUUCUGGAGCACAUGUUGACUACAGAGCAGAGAGGAGAGCUGCCCAAGACCCUGACUGACAUGUACUCACACUUUGUGAUGGUUCAGACAAAGAGGAAGAAGAACAAGUACCAUGAGGGACAUGAGACGAGUCCACAGGAGCUGAUGGAGGCUGACAGGGAAGUUCUUCUGAAGCUGGGGAGGCUGGCGUUUGAACAUCUGGAGGAAGGAAACAUCAUGUUCUACCAAGAAGACCUGGACCGCUGUGGUCUGGAUGUGACAGAGGCCUCAGUGUACUCAGGAGUUUGUACAGAGAUCUUCAAAAGAGAGAGUGUGAUCUUCCAGAAAUCAGUCUACUGCUUUGUUCAUCUGAGUGUUCAGGAGUUUCUGGCUGCCGUCUACAUGUUCCACUGUUACACCAACUGGAAGACAGAGGUACUGGAGGACUUCCUGGGGAAAAAAUAUCAUAGUUUGGUCUCAUUUCUGGAUGACCUCCUUUAUGGAGCCAUGGAGAAAUCCCUGCUCAGUAAAAAUGGUCACCUGGACCUGUUUGUUCGCUUCCUUCAUGGCCUUUCUCUGGAGUCCAACCAGAGACUCUUAGGAGGUCUGCUGGGUCAGACAGAGAACAGUCCAGACACCAUCCAGAGAGCCAUCAACAAGCUGAAGGAGAUGAACACUUAUAAAAUGUCUCCUGACAGAAGCAUCAACAUCUUCCACUGUCUGAUGGAGAUGAAUGACCUCGCAGUUCAUCAGGAGAUCCAAGAGUUCCUGAAGUCAGAGAACAGAUCAGAGAAGGAACUCUCUGAGAUCCACUGCUCAGCUCUGGCCUACAUGCUGCAGAUGUCAGAGGAGGUUCUGGAUGAGUUGGACCUGAAGAAGUACAAAACAUCAGAGGAGGGACGACGGAGACUGAUCCCAGCUGUGAGGAACUGCAGAAAGGCUCAAUUAACUCAAUGUGCACUCUUGGAGACCGAUUUUGAAGUUGUGUCCUCUGCUCUGAAGUCCAACCCUUCCUAUCUGACAGAGCUGAACAUGAGUAGAAAUAACCUGAAGGAUUCAGGAGUGAAGCAUCUGUCUGCUGGACUGGAGAGUCCAAACUGUAGACUGGAGACUCUGAGGUUGGUGAGAUGCAUUUUAUCAGAUAUCAGUCGUGAUUCUCUCGUCUCAGCUCUGAAGUCCAACCCCUCCCAUCUGAAACAUCUGGACCUGAGUAACAACAACCUGAAGGAUUCAGGAGUGAAGCAGCUGUGUGGUUUUCUGGAGAGUCCAGACUGUAGACUGGAGACUCUGAGAUUGAGUGACUGCAGUUUGUCAAAGAUCAGCUGUGAUUCUCUGGUCUCAGCUCUGAAAUCCAACCCCUCCCAUCUGAAACAUCUGGACCUGAGUGAGAACAACCUGAAGGAUUCGGGAGUGAAGCAGCUGUGUGGUUUUCUGGAGAGUCCAGACUGUAGACUGGAGACUCUGGGGUUGAGGAGCUGCAGUUUGUCAAAGAUCAGCUGUGAUUCUCUGGUCUCAGCUCUGAAGUCCAACCCCUCCUAUCUGAAACAUCUGGACCUGACUAACAACAACCUGAGGGAUUCAGGAGUGAAGCAGCUGUGUGGUUUUCUGGAAAGUCCAGACUGUAGACUGGAGACUCUGGAAUUGGAGAACUGCACUUUGUCAAAGAUCAGCUGUGAUUCUCUGGUCUCAGCUCUGAAGUCCAACCCCUCCCAUCUGAAACAUCUGGACCUGAGUAACAACAACCUGAAUGAUUCAGAUGUGAAGCAGCUUCUUUAUCUUGAGAAGAGUCCAGACUAUAAACUGGAGACUCUGAGGUGGAGGUCAUGGUUAUAAACAGGAGGGUGUGUGAGGUGAGAGGAUGAGCUGUGUCCUGAUGAUCCAGAGGAUGAAGCAACAGCAGUUUGUGUGGACAGAGACUCUGACUGCAGAUAAAUGCUGAUGUUGAUCAAGAAGUGAGCUCAGUCACAAACAUGAGCUUAAACUCACACAUUAUUCUCCCAGUGAUGCAGCCAGUGUUCAGUUCCACUGACUCAGAUACAGUGGUGUGAAAAAGAGUUUGGAUCCUUCAGGAUUUAUUAUUUUUACUGUUUAUUACCUAAAUGUUUCAGAUCAUUGAACAAAUUUCAAUAUGAGACAAAUAACACAAGUAAACACAAGAUGUGGUUUUGAAACUGUAGGGGAAAUAAGUUAUUAAACAAUUACGUGUCAUAACUGCACUCGUCAAAAGGCGGCACCAUCCACAGGUUUAGAAUAGAUGUGAAAAUAAAUCAAUUAAUAUUGGAUCAAUAUUAAUUAUUAAUAAAUAAUCAAUCUCAUCAUUUCUGAGGCGUCAGCUCUCAGUAUAGGGAUUAUCUAUUUCCAGCUCACAAGGAUCUUCUGACAACAACUUAAGUGAAAUAUGUGGUUUAUUUACAAUGGUGAAUGGUGAAAAAUAAACAAUAUGAUGAAUAAUAUAACAGAUUAAUGGAAAAUGAUGAGAAUACCAAAAUAAAUUCGUUUAACGAAAGUGAGAAGUAUGAACAAAAAUGAGGAUGCAAACGUUACCUGAUUUCUUACAUUAAUGAUUUAGAUUUGUUUAAGGUUUCUUUAGUUAUAACACAAUCAUGAACUCUACUCAAAUAUGAUGGUGAUGGUCUACUUAUGGGAACUCCUUGGAUUCUGCUCCGAACAACUGGAUCGGGGACAAAUGCUGUCCUGGUGAGCUCGAUCUUCCACAGCGGUACCAUUGGGGAAACCAGCGGUACCGAAGAGCAGAUUGAUGGCAGUCAUCCAGGUCCGGACCUCAGCGUCGGUUACAGCAAAGGUUUUCUCAGCGUUACUUAGACAAAAGUGACAACUGUGAAGUUGCUGUGCUGUUAAAAGUUGAUUGUCAAUGAUGGAAUUAAAAAGUACUUCAAUGGCCGGUCAAAAGUA